CAAACCUUUGAAAUAGAAAUUCAAAUAAGAUUUCAUAAGGCAAUACAUACGCUAGAUUUACAAAACGCAUGUGAUUCACUCUGAAGCAUUUUCUUUUUCCAUUCCAGACCAUCCUUUACCCGUCGUACCAAAAUGGGGAUUCUGGGCAAAACUUCUGUCAACUCCAAUAAUUGUUCUCGUGGGCAUAAUUGGAAACGUGCUCUCCUUCAUUGUCAUGAAGACCAAACCAUUACGUCAUAAAUCGUAUUCGCACUACCUCUGUGCCCUCGCUGUGUUUGAUACUUUGACACUUAUUAUUCGGCAAGCGGAAAGUGUGGAUGAGUACCUCGUGUCGUACCGGAAGACCAGUGGUAUCUUCCAUAACUUCAGUGACAGCAGCUGCAAACUGUACAACUUUACUGCACAUGUUAUAACAUUAAUGUGCUCUUGGUUGGUUGUGUUUAUGGCCGUGGAACGAUUAAUAGCUGUAUGUUUUCCAUUUAAGAAGUUUAACUUACGGAAAGAAACCGGUGCAGCAAUAGCUAUUGCUGUACUUUUUAUCAUAGUUUGUUCGACGCAAUCUUUUCGGUUUUUUAUGAUCGAACAUACUAUUUAUGAUGAGGAUAACAAUAUUCGGGACUGUCUAGCAACAACGGAAUAUAUAGAAAUCUACACAAGUUUGGAUGUAUAUUUCUUUCUUUGGACACUCGUGUUCGUGCUCCCGGUAGCUUUCAUUAUAGUAUGUAACAGCUUUGUCUUGUAUCAUAUAUUCAGAGUGAGAAAGGACCUACACAAGGAAGAUAACUAUCUUACUUACAGAAAUGGGAGAGCGCGUGAGCGGAGAAAUAGAAGCACGUGGAUGCUAUUAAUAGUAACAUUUAUGUACAUAAUAACAUUGUUACCGUUAUUCACCCUCAGUUUGAUAGUAGAUGUAACAAUUAAAGUUGGCUCUCUGGAAACGGCUAGGAACACAUAUAUUGCAUUAAGGCCUUACAUAGAUAUAUCUGUAUCUGUCUCAUUACUUAAUUAUGCUGCAAACUUCUUUAUCUACGUUUUGUCUGGUAAAAGGUUCCGUUUUGAAUUGCAAAAACUAUUUACAAAACAGAGGGUGGUUACAAGAAGUUUUACUGUCAGGAGUACUAGGGAAGAAUAUUUCAAAAUGGUAGUUUAUUCGUAG